CUCGGCCAGUCUACGUGCAGAGAAAGACAUGCUUAUGCCACCAUAACUGCGGGGAAAAGGAAAACGCAUCAUUUAAAGUAACAUGGAACCUCACCGCAAGAACGCAAGCAAAACUCUGAUCUACUUUUACGUGUGCGCGGCUUUAUAUGUGUCCAUCGAAGCCCAGUAUGAGAAAUACAGCUUCAGGAGCUUUCCGCAGAGCGAACUGGUGCCCCUAGAAACUGCCUACGGGUACGCACUGGAUCAAUAUGCAGCUGAAAACUGGGAGGACAGCAUCAAAUACCUGGAGAUGAGUUUACGAAUACACCGACUACUGAAGGACAGUGAGGCGUUCUGCAGCUACAACUGCAGCAAAGUCGGCAGAGACCUUCAGGGUGCUCCCCUUGCGGACAGCGAGCUCCAGGUUUUUAAUCACGUCUUACAAAGAGCCUCCUGCUUAAAGAAGUGCAAAGCCAGUUCCCCCGUGUUCUCUGUCCCCUACCCUCGCAAAGACACCCUGGAAGCGUUUUAUAACAGGAUUCCUUACAGGUAUCUACAGUUCGCCUAUUUUCAGAGGAACAACCUGGAAAAGGCUGUGUCUGCAGCUCACACCUUCCUGCAGAGGAGCCCCAAAGACCCUAUGAUGCUGAAGAACCUCAACUACUUCAAGACCCUCUUCGAGGUGGAUGAAUACCUCAUCGACCUGGAGGAGCAGGCCUACCAGAGCCUGUUCGUGAAGUCAGUGAAGCUGUACAAUGCAGGCGAUUUCCGCAGCAGCAUUGCUGGCAUGGAGCAGGCAGCCAGAGAAUAUUUCCAGGUAUAUGAGCUAUGCCUGGCAGCCUGUGAGGGUGCCCACGAGGUCAGGGAAUUUAAGGACUUCUACCCCGCUGUGGCAGAUCACUACGCGGAUGUUCUAGUAUGCAAAGUGAAGUGCGAGGCCGACCUCACUCCCAACGUGGGGGGCUUCUUCGUGGAAAAGUUUGUGGCCACCAUGUAUCACUACCUCCAGUUCACCUAUUACAAAUUGAACGAUGUUAAGAAUGCCGCGCCGUGUGCCGCCAGCUACCUGCUGUUUGACCCCCAAGAUGAGAUCAUGCUUCAGAACAUGGUUUACUAUCGCUUCUACCGGGAGCAGUGGGGCUUGGAGGACAACGACUUCAAACCCAGACCUGAGGCUCUUCAGUACUUUAAUAUCACCACCAUACAGAAACAGAUGCUGGAGUUUGCGCAGCACUACCUCCAAUCAGAUGACGAGGAUGUGGUGAGCCCUGAAAUGACAGAGACCUCCUCAGAUGAGCCCCCAGACUCCGAGUUUGAGGGAGUUGGAGAUUACGAGGAAUCCAUCUACUCUACAUGGUGGCAGGAGCCAAAAAGCAAGGGUGAUGCAGGGGAGCCUUACGUCUGACACGACACUGGACUCAUACGAAUUCUAUUAUCACGGCACACUGGUUUCAUCAGGCAACCAGCUCUCUUCUGGCCAUCCCAAGUGAACUAUUCAUUUUGAGCAGCAGCAUGUGCCUGUGCAGCAAUGACCAAACAGAAAUAAUCCCUCUUUUCCACUGUACAGCCGAGCCGCGCCGGGCUCAGGAGCGGCCUGGUUGCAUUUCCGCUGCAUUGCCCGAGCUGUGUAGCUGACGUGACACGCAGCGAAAGUGCCAAGUUGCAUGCAGACGAUGCAGCAUUAAGAGCCGCCAUGAUUUGAGUUAAGAAUUGUGGAUCCAGAGGCUAUGCUUGUGUUUUUCAUUUCUGGAGUACAAAGAAACGUACUGGUUUCUCCCCCGAAUCGACGCACGCCAUGCCGUUCGUCUCCCUCAAGUGUAAUGACGAAAAAUCAUUAACUCUGCCCCUGGCUCCGCUCGGCUCCCAGCCAGAUUCAGAUGUGUUGUGAGGCCAGAGUUUCAUGGUUUUGUUCUCGCUCAGCUCCACAGGUAGCCAGUGGAAAAGCACCUGCCUGGGGCCGUCACGGCUCACAUGUGCCAGUGGAAAAGGGAUAUUAAAGGGAAGGUAAAUAGAUGGUGUGCAAGUGAAGGUAAAACCAGUUUGCAGUGUCCUAGUCAUUUUAAGUCUGCAGUCUAUCUAAUUUAAAAUGUGCAUGCUUUAUAAAACUGUUAGAUUGUGGUCAGAUUCCUUAAAAUCACAUCAAGCCAUUUUAAACCUGAAAGUUGUGCCUUUUUAAAAAUUUCUUCAGAAUCGGGUUUUGCAAAAAAUAAAAAUAGAAUUCUGAAACCCGCUCCCCUUUAAGGUGUUAGUGUUUACCGUUGACUGUAACAGGAAAUGAUUGUGCUGUUAUUUAAAAACAAAUAUUGUGGAGGAAAUUGUAAUAAAUAAAUACAAUAAAUAAAAAAAUAAAUAAC